AUGGCGACGAACGGUGGCGUGGUGAUUCUAACAGGUCUUGCUAUUAGAACCGAAGUUUUAAUUGAGGAACUAAAGAAUAUUCUGAUAGAGAAAAAGAAAAGAAGGCAAUGUUGGACACGCCCUUGGAUAUUAAGACUUUUUGUUACAGUUUGUACGGCUCUGAGGAAUGUCCACAUAAAAAUACCAUCAGCUGUGGUACGAGGCCACGACGCAACAUUGCAAUGCUUCUACGACUUGGAAAGUGAUAAACUCUAUUCCGUAAAGUGGUACCGCGGUGGAUGGGAGUUUUUCCGUUAUUGCCCCAGCGAGUUUCCGCCAAUCAAACAAUUCAAAAUUCGUGGACUUAAUAUCAGAGAAAAAGAUUCGCGCGAUACGCAAGUGGUGUUAGAGCGUGUCAGUAAAGAAAUCAGUGGACCGUUUAGUUGUGAAGUGACAGCAGAUCAGCCAAGUUUUUUUACGGAUAUUCAAACGGCCGAAUUAAAGGUCAUCGAUUUACCGAAGAAAGACCCAUAUAUAACUGGAUUGAAGACCAGAUAUAAACCGGAAGACGCCCUGAAAGCCAACUGUACUUCAGAAGGAUCACAUCCACCAGCGAAUUUAACAUGGUACAUAAACGGUAUUCCAGUUGAGGAAAAAUUUGUGCACCAACAUCCACCAAUAAUGUAUAAUGAAGAUGAUCUAGUAACAGCCCAGUCCACGAUUAAGCUGAAAGUGGCGAAGCAUCUUUUUGUGAACGGCAAACUAAAAGUACGAUGUUCGGCAACCAUGCACCAUCUUUAUCAUAAAAGUUCGGAAAAGAGCGUAGAGCUUCAAAGGAAACGACAUAGGUCGCCCUACGUUUGGCUGGAUGAUGCCUCCACGACCACCGAGCCGCCCUUCGAGCUGUGGGAACAGCCGGCUGAGAGACCGGCACAAGCCACCGUGGAGUUUUACGCACCGGUCACCAGAAACGCAGCCGUCGAGUCCACCGAGACCGCUUCAGCAACAACCGGAUUUAUUUGUUUGUCAAUUAUUGUAUAUAUUUGCAGGUGAUAAACAAUUUAUUUGGUCGCACACGAAUAGCGAUAUUUCGUUUGAUGUUUCCUUUAAUCGAUGUGAUACUUUUAAAUUAACUCGAUUCUCUCUAUCUGUACAUAAU